CAUUGCUAUUCCCAUCUACCGUAACAUAUGCUCUACGUCGUAUCGAGUAGAAAAAGUCACCAAAGGAAGAUUACCACCAAGAGCUGGUUUUUCAAAUGAGAAAAACAGAAAUGUCAACGCUGUUGGAUAUAAUGUCACGGCACAAGAUAUGCCACCAGAACAUAAACCAAGUCCGGCUCCAUUGCGCGGAUGGAUGAAAAAUGUACACUGGGAACCAGGAGCUGAGCUGGAUAUAUAUGACUUUUUAAUCAAUCCUGUCGAUAAGUGCAAUGCUGGAAAAGGUAAUAUCACAUUACUUGUCUUAGUCAAAUCAGCACCAGGUCAUACUGCACGCAGGAAUGCUGCCAGACAGACGUACAUCGGUGGGGCCGCAAAAUAUAAUGUGUCCACGAGGUUGUUUUUCAUCGUGGGAGAUUCCGAAGCACAAGACGAGAGAGAAAACAUACAGGAAGAGGCCCGAAGACAUAGAGAUAUCCUGAAGGUGGGCUUCCACGACAAUUAUUACAAUCUUACCGUCAAGCUCGUCAUGGGAUUUAAAUGGGCCUUACAAUUUUGCAAUAACAGUGAAUUCUUGAUGUCAAUGGAUGACGAUGUCAUGGUUGAUAUCGUGACCCUGGUCAACGACCUGGACGCUUUACCCCCGAAUGAUCACUCUCAGUUCGUGCUGGGGUCUAGGGUAGUGGGGUUCAGUCCAGAGCGUAACGUAAAUAGUAAAUGGUACAUACCAGAGGACAUCUACCCUGGUAAGAAAUGGCCUCCAUUUCCAUUCGGGCAUGGGUAUGUUAUGUCACAUCAAGUAGUCGAAAAACUGUAUCUGAAAUCCAGAGAAUACCCAGCGAGAAUACCGUUUGACGAUGUUUAUUGCGGUAUACUAUUGGACAAGUUAAACAUCAGAAUUGUUGACCGAUCUAAAUGGUUUAAAGAUCGCCACCCGCAAAAAAAAGAGCACGAUUAUUUCAAGAUUGAGCUAUUAGCGCAGGAAAUGGAAGAAGCUUGGCAAAAGUUUGAAAGAGAUUUUGAAAAAUAGAAUUUUCGGCCCCGUCUUACACCAUGGACCUACAUGCUGAUACAGAGUAGUAAUUGAUCCGAAUCAGUCGCUUAGUUUGCAUUACGUCUCCUAUCUUUUAUGUACAUAGCAGUAAAUAGCUGCAUGCCAUCGAUAUUGUUAGAAUAUAGA